AUGGCUCUCUCAUUCCCAGACCUGUCGGGGACCGCUUUAGACGACCUUGUUGAGAAACUGAUGCACUAUGCAAUUUCGAGCGGCCUAAUGAUUUAUCCGCCAGACUUCAAGGCGUACCAGCCAUCGGUCGCACCGGUCACACUGUAUCCUACACCAUUUCCCAGGUCUCAAUUCGAUAAGGGAGUCGCCAUCUCGACCAAGUUCAACGAGUUGUAUAGUCGCAUUGUGGCAGACAAGAGCUGGCUCAAAGGAGUGAUUGCAGAUCUCUCGAAAUACGACCGCGAUUUCACCGGCAUGUUGUACAAGACGUACUUGGAGGCAGAGCCCAAGAUUGUGCAACCGGUGUCACUGGGGCUGUUUAGGUCGGACUACAUGCUGGACACGGUGUCCAAUUCGAUUAAACAGGUGGAAUUCAACACCGUGAGCGUUUCUUUCGGCGGUCUUUCGCCGAAAGUGGGCCAACUACACAGUUUCCUCAACUCCCAGGGUCUCUACGGCAGACCGCAGUACUACCCAGACCCAGACCUGCCAACUAGCCAGUCUAUAGACGGUCUUGCCAACGGGCUUCUUGGAGCGGUCAAAUACUACGAGACAAGCGAAGAGACGGAGUCUUCUAUCGUUCUCUUUGUUGUUCAGCCUGGAGAAAGAAACGUCUUCGACCAGCGCGCCAUUGAGUACAGCUUAUUUGCCAAAGGUGUCAAAGCGGAGCGAGUGAACUUUAACGAGAUCACCUCGUCGGUGAAGGUCGACUCCUCCCGUAAGCUCUUCUACAAGCAGCAGGAGGUGGCCGUGGUCUACUACCGUUCUGCAUAUUCUCCCAGCGAGUACAAUAAUCCGGACUCCUGGAAAGCGCGCCUACUACUCGAAACGACCAAAGCCAUCAAGUGUCCGUCGUUGCUGGUGCAGCUGAGCGGUGCCAAGAAAGUGCAGCAGCUUCUCACUGACCGGGCGGUGCUGCAAAAAUACGGAUUUGCCGACGAGGAGCUUCUGUCCACAUUCGUGCAAAUCUACCCGCUGGAUGGCAGCGAGCAGGGCCGACUUGCGAAGAAGCUUGCGUUUGAGCACCCUGAACGGUUUGUGUUGAAGCCGCAGAGAGAAGGCGGCGGAAACAACGUCUACAAGGAGGAUAUUCCUGGCUUUCUGCGCAGCUUGGACGAGAAGGAAUGGGGAGCGUACAUUUUGAUGGAGCUCAUCAUUCCUGCUGUUCACGAUAACAAGAUUCUGCGUAACGGCGAUGUGCUCAACGAGGGUGUCGUGAGCGAGCUGGGGGUGUUUGGCACGGUGCUCUUCAACGAAGCAGACGGCACCAUCCUUGAAAACGACUAUGCCGGCUACCUGCUGCGGUCCAAAACUAGCACGUCCAACGAGGGAGGAGUCGCUGCCGGAUUCGGGUGCGUGGACAGUUUGUAUCUACACGAUUAG